AUGUUACGGCAACUGUUAUCAUCAGCUAAUGGGACAGCUUCCAGCAAUUAUGAUCAUUGUUCAACAUUACCGUUGACUAGUAGAUAUUCUGAAAAUUCGACCAUGUUAUUGCCGACAUCACCUGUGAUGCAGUCAUCACUCAUACAACAACAGCAACCAUUGCCUGUCCAUCAACAACAGCAGCAGCCUCCAACAGUACUGCAGCAGCAACCGCACACAGCAAACUUGCCAACACAGAACCACCAAUUCAGAGAAUGGAUUGGUAAUGAUAAAAACUUGGCUACACUUGAAAAUAUGUCGUUAGCGGGGUACAGCAUGCAGUCUUCAGCUCCCACAAACAAUUUAGGAAUUGCAGAUGCCAAUAACGAUCUUAAUGGUACUACAGAAUUAUUCUCUUCUACCUAUGCAAUGCUCUCUGCUGAUAAUGUUUUUUCAUGGAAUUUCUGGGAUGAACAGUCGAGGUUUUCACAAAAUGCUAAUGAAAUGCAAUUGAGCAUGAACAGGCAAGAUUUUGGUUAUCCGGUGCAUACAACAGCUCCAGGUUGUUCGAGUAACACUAGGUCAGUGCAUUUACGUGAAUCCUUUUACUGUUUCAGCUUUAACUUUAUCCUUAUCAGUUUUUCUGCGUUGUGGGAUGUCCUCUAAUU